UUCUGUUUUAUCCACUCUCCUGACAUCAGAUACCUCAAAAGCACACUGAAGAAGAAGAAGAAGCAAAGACAAGAGAUGGAGGGGAUCAUCGUAGACGAUACAGAGAUUAACGGAGCUCUUGUCACGCCGCAGUACACACGGUUGCAUCAUCGUCACCAUUGCAGAGAAAACCAGUGUACCUCUGUUCUCAUCAAAUACAUUCAAGCCCCUGUUCAUCUCGUUUGGUCACUUGUUCGGAGAUUUGAUCAGCCUCAGAAAUACAAACCAUUUGUAAGCAGAUGUACAGUUAAUGGUCAUCCUGAGAUCGGUAGUCUCAGACACGUAAACGUCAAAUCUGGUCUCCCGGCCACAACCAGCACCGAGAGAUUGGAACAGCUUGAUGAUGAUGAACGCAUCCUCGGCAUCAACAUCAUUGGUGGUGAUCACAGACUCAAGAACUACUCUUCUAUCUUAACUGUACAUCCGGAGAUGAUCGAUGGGAGAUCAGGAACUAUGGUGAUUGAAUCUUUUGUUGUGGAUGUUCCUCAAGGCAACACCAAAGAUGACACAUGUUACUUCGUGGAAUCACUCAUCAAGUGUAACUUGAAAUCCUUGGCUUCUGUCUCUGAAAGAUUGUUUGCUCAGAACAUAACCAAUCCCAUCGCUGCCACCUUCUGA